UUCGCCCAUUUUGCACAUCAGUUCUUCAUAGAAAUAGCUGCCGCUUUCAAUGUGUGUUCCUCGUUGCCUGUUCACUUAGUUACGGCUUCAAGCCAAUUUUAUACAAACUUCAUUUUUCCUUUUAAGCAAACAAAACCAGAAUGGCCAACAUUUUAAGGACUGAGGAGGGCAAAAUCACUGAGAUUGUCGAAAAAUUGGUCGAGCAAAAUUCCAAACGCUAUGCCAACGACGAUGACGAUGAGCCCUUCAAUACGCCGCGCUGUUCCCGGGACAUCUUCCAGAGCUGCCCGGAGUUGUCUGGCAUGCAGGACAUUUUCGACUACAACCCCCUGGUCCCUCGAGCCGGAUCCGCGCACACCUACCGCACUGCCCAACUGCUGACCAUCGGACGACGAGUGGCCCACCGCAUGGUGGAUCCGAGCAGCCAGCGAGAGAUGUCGUGCAGCCGCUACCUCUUGGACGAACGCCUUCGAUCCGCCGGAAUCUAUCACAACCGCCUGGGCAAUUCCUACGGAUUCUUUUGCGAGUCGGAGAAGGGGGCACGCGGUGACACGGAUCCCGGCAAGCCCAACACCUCCAUGGGAUCCAUGGCUUGAGGGAGCCGAACAAAUUAAGAGCGUACUAACAGUUGUCUUCGUUGCCCAAACUGAAAUCUAUUUAAAUUCACGAUCUAUUGAGCGAGACUCGCUGCUCUCAAGCAAUAAAUCGCUUUCAUUCUAUCUAGUAAUA